UGAAGAUAUUGAAAAUGUGAUGGAUGUUGAAAAUCCAACUGAUGAUGGAGGCACAACUGAUGAUAAAAAUACUACUGAUGAUGAAAAUCAAAUGGAUUAUGAAUAUGUAAUGGAUGAUGAAUAUGUAACGGAUGAUGAAUAUAUGACGGAUAAUGAAAGAAUA